GAAGCCGGACCCAGGCCGCCGGGCCCGGCCUCGCCGCGCGCGCCCGCCAUGGCCCGUGCCGUUCUCCCCUGGUAAAGAUGGCGGUGCGCGCUCGCCGCCACCUUUAGACCCAUGACUGUCCGCAACAUCGCCUCCAUCUGUAAUAUGGGCACCAAUGCCUCUGCUCUGGAAAAAGACAUUGGUCCAGAGCAGUUUCCAAUCAAUGAGCACUACUUCGGACUGGUCAAUUUUGGGAACACGUGCUACUGUAACUCCGUGCUGCAGGCGCUGUACUUCUGCCGGCCGUUCCGUGAGAAUGUGCUGGCAUACAAGGCCCAGCAGAAAAAGAAGGAAAACCUGCUGACGUGCCUGGCGGACCUGUUCCACAGCAUCGCCACGCAGAAGAAGAAGGUGGGCGUCAUCCCCCCGAAGAAGUUCAUCUCCAGGCUGAGAAAGGAGAACGAUCUCUUCGAUAACUACAUGCAGCAGGAUGCCCAUGAAUUUUUAAAUUAUUUGCUGAACACUAUUGCCGACAUCCUGCAGGAAGAGAAGAAACAGGAAAAGCAAAAUGGAAAAUUAAAGAACGGCAACAUGAACGAACCUGCGGAGAACAACAAGGCGGAGCUCACCUGGGUCCAUGAGAUUUUCCAGGGGACGCUCACCAAUGAAACGCGGUGCCUGAACUGUGAAACUGUUAGCAGCAAAGAUGAAGAUUUCCUGGACCUUUCCGUUGACGUGGAACAGAACACGUCCAUCACCCACUGCCUCAGAGACUUCAGCAACACGGAGACGCUGUGCAGUGAGCAGAAGUACUAUUGUGAGACGUGCUGCAGCAAGCAGGAGGCCCAGAAAAGGAUGCGCGUCAAAAAGCUGCCCAUGAUCCUGGCGCUGCACCUGAAGCGGUUCAAGUACAUGGAGCAGCUGCACAGGUACACCAAGCUCUCCUACCGCGUCGUCUUCCCCCUGGAACUGCGGCUCUUCAACACGUCCAGCGACGCCGUGAACCUGGACCGCAUGUAUGACCUGGUGGCCGUGGUCGUUCACUGUGGCAGCGGUCCUAAUCGUGGCCAUUACAUCACCAUCGUGAAGAGUCACGGCUUCUGGCUCCUGUUUGAUGACGACAUCGUGGAGAAAAUAGACGCCCAAGCUAUUGAAGAAUUCUAUGGCCUGACGUCAGAUAUAUCAAAGAAUUCAGAGUCUGGAUAUAUUUUAUUCUAUCAGUCACGAGAAUAACUGAAGGGGCCGUGGGAGCAAGGCAGCGGGGGCAGCCCGCCGGCCCUGGGACCUGGACCCCGGCUGACCGUCCUCCGCCGCCGCGGCCGCCCAGGGCUCGCUCCGAGUCUCACGGCCUGGCCACGUUGGCCUCUGCCCCUUUGUUCUUCUCCACGCAGCACUCCUCUUGGUUUAGUUUUAGUGUGAAGCCGAGUUCACGGCGGUCAGGUGGCUGUCACAUUUCUUUGGAUAGCAGUUGCUGAAUUUCGCGCGGGGUGAGUGUCGUGCCACGUGUUCCGUCUGGCGGAGUCGGGGCGCCGCUUCCUGCGGAUGUUGCAGUCUGUUUCGGGGGAUUUGCUGGAGUUCCUCGCUGGCCCCCGGGGCCCCCUUCCAGUGCAUUCCAGAAACGUGUCCCUGGAAACAGUGCUGCCUGCGCUCGGCUCCCCGACAGCAGGGCCGCGGACUUGGGUGGAGGUGUGCGUUGUAAGACCGUCGCUCUCUGUGCGAGGGAAGGCGCUAAGCAGCGGGUGACCCACGGGGGGCGUGGGGAAGAGCAAGGCCUCUUGGGGUAGGGAGGUGCUGCCCACGUUGGAAUUCCAAGGCCGGGGAGUGGGAGCCCAGGGCAGGCAAAGCCAGGAGGGCGUUUUUGCGCACAGUCAGUAGUUUCUUUCCUCUCCUUUCUACCAAACGCGAGCUGGAGGACGGUGGCCCCACUUUUCCUCCGUGAGGCCCCGUGAGCUGGAGCUCCGCGGUGUCUGGCCCCUGGCAAGCUCCGUGGGACGUCUUUGCCGUCCUGCUGAUGGCGCAGGGCGGAGGCAGUGUGUGGUGCAGCUCAGCUCAGCCGGUCACAGCCCUCGCCGCGCACUGCAGCUCCUCUGGGUGAUGGGGGAGUGCCAGGGCCGACGGGCACCCUGGCUGCAGGCCAUCCUGGAGCUGGCGAGGUGGGAAGGUGGCCGAGGAGGGGUCCCCAGGCUGGGGGAUGAAGGCACCCAGGGGCGGUUUCUGGCCCGGACUCCCCGAAGGCGUGAGAAGACCCUCAUCUCACCGCGGUUCCUUUUCCUUUUUUCACUUUUGUUACAUAUGUAUUUAUUUGAGCAUCUGAGUACUGGUACCUUUAAUUCAGAGGGCCCGUUUGGCGUGGAGCUGAUUUUUGGUUUGCCGCGCACCCCACGAGCCGUGGCUUCCUUGGGGAGGUCGGCUGGCUUCCACGUGCGGGGCCGUACUGUGAACGCACUGUUCCCCGACACGCGCGCGAACGGACGUGCAGACUUGGGUGGAAUGUGAACUCGAGAGGGAGAUGUCCGUGGCCGUUCUGCAACCCCGAAGAGGAUGAUAGCACUUUACCCAGAUGAAAACUGGAUUUCUUAUUUUUGAAAUAUCUUGAACUGUUGAUUUCUCAGAACUUAAAUACGCAUGCCGACACUUCAUUGGUUCCUACUUGAACUGAAGCGUUUCGCUUUUCACUGGAGAAGACAAAACAGGGUGAGCUUCACGUUUCUGUCUCAUGCAAGUGGGCAGAAACGUCCUGGGCCUUGUGCAGAGGCAGGCUCAGACUCAUGGGUAUUUUUGUCUCGUUUUCCCUCCAUGAAACACGCGCAGUAAUCGCUUACCUGGGAGGUGAAUCUUUAAUCUCUGGAGAGGCACUUUCCUGCAGGGGACCGCGAUGUCUGCUGUCACCAACCCAGAUGUUACAAAGCGUAGGAAAGCCAUGGCUGAGCGCUGAUAGAUCUGGAACUGAUUCAUCACAGAAGCUAUUAAAAUUAUCUUUGCAACAACUCUCGAAGCUAAUGUAUUAGAUGUCUGUGUUUGGUUGGAAGCCUGUGAAUGGUAUUUACAUGCUAAGUCACAGGUUCAGUACAGCUUUUGGGGGGGGGGCACACGUGAAGAAUUUUUGCAGUGACUUAAGGGAUUCUUUCAAUAGAAAGAGUCGGUUAAAAUUCCGUGUUCUUGGGUAGAUCCUGGGAAGAGUAAAGCGGUUGUGUGAGGUUGGACAAGGCCAGAACACAUUUCUCCACCCUCAGCUUUUUAACACCCGAGCUGUGUGGCAGCUCCACGCCCUUCUUCCUCAGCAAACACUGGGCAGCUACCUUCCCCUCCCGGACAUCGCUCUCCAUGGAGGGGACAGCACACAAACACGGGGCUGGUUUUCAUUCCUUACUGCUAGUGCAGAGCGGGGGACGGCGGGCAGAUGGCCACUCCGGGCCACCAGAAAGCACAAAGGCUCAGCUGCAGGCUGCAGGAGUGCAGAGCUGCGGCUGCCGGGUGUUCUACAAGACAAGACAUUUCUGCUUGAUUGGUUGCUUACUGCGUUAGCCCCUAGGUUACGGUACAGUAUGCUGGAGUGUCAUUCCCCCAAGAGCGAAUCUCAGCCCAGCGCCCCCCCACGGCCGGGCCACUCCCUCCGUGAGUUUUCCACUCCCAGGCUGUAAGCAGUGGACGGGUUUGAAGGGAGCAAAGGACCGACCUGCAGGCUGUCCGCCCGGGUAGGAAGCCAGGCCUGCUGUGGGGUGGAUUUAAGGGAAAUGGGGAGAAUGGAGGAGACCGCAGCGGCCCCUCUGCAUUUCUUCCGUGGCCAGGCCUGCCAGCGGACUGUGUUUUGGCGGAGCGAAGGGCUUCUUUGAGCAGAGCUUUGUCGCAGGCGGACGUGAUCUGUAAACGCUGCCUCUGGUCAGCCUCGUCUCUUCAUGUGUGUUACGGUGUUGUGCGCUAGAUGUUUUGCCCUUGUUUGCUAUUCAGUGGUCAAGGCGUUUGUCAGCACUGUUGGGAGGGACUCAUGCAGACGGCAUGGGUCUGGAAAGUUCUCGCCUGCUUCUCUGCCUGAUUAAAUUUCUCUCUCCUAGCAUCACAUUAAUUUAUUUUUGGCUUCCAUUUCUGUAUAAAAAAUAGUUACUGUAUUUGUGCAGCAUUUAUUUGGUUUUGUUGCUAAAAAAUGUAGUUUUUAUUUAAGAUAAUCCGUACCCUUUUUUUUUUUAAUGUAACCAAUUCAAGCACUUUAAGCAAUAAUGUCAAUCUUGUGAAAUUUCAAUCAGUUGAACACCCUGCCUCUAAAAUUGUUUGCAAAAAA